AUGAACAUCUCCAACGAACCCUCCCACCCUUCGUCGUCGUCGAACCACCAGCACACAUCUCGUAAAAGGAAGAACAUCGACAUCAGCAAUCACGACGACGACACCACCCCGUCGCUGACCGAGCUCGAGACCGCCGAGAUCCUCCAGAGCAUCCGAAACUCGACCACCGUACCCUCGAGCACCCUCCCCGCCGACCUCGCCCUUUCGCUCGACCUGCAGCACCAGCAGCCGCAACGACGACAAUACGAUUCCGCCGCCUACUACUGGGAUGCGUCGACCAUGGCCCCGCUCAAUGCACUCUCGGCGGCCGCCAUCGCCCGUCUGCGCGCCUACAGGCCGCCGCCCUUCCCCACCUGGGACCGCCUGCCGGUGACCCGCCGCGCCGCCGUGCUGAUACUGCUGUUCGCCGACCGCCGGGGCGACCUGCGCGUCGUCAUCACCAUGCGCGCCGCGAGCUUGAGGAGUUUCUCGGGUCACGCUGCGUUUCCUGGUGGUAAGGCGGAUUCGCUGCAGGAGAGCCCGUACCAAAUAGCCCGCCGCGAAGCCUGGGAAGAAAUCGGCCUCCCGCAAGACGACGCCAGGAUACCCAAACCCUUCCGCAUCGAACCGCUCUGCUGUCUGCCCUGCAGCCUGGCCAAGACCGAGCUCGCUGUGCGGCCGUGCGUAGCGUUCCUGCACUCGGACGACACGCCGGGCAGGCCGAAGGCCAUGGUAGACGAGAGCAUGAUCCCGCGGCUAGACGCGAAGGAGGUAGCGGCCGUGUUCUCGGCGCCGUUUCACAACUUUCUCAGAGCAAGGGAUGAGCAACUGGAAAGGCAGUCGCUGCCCGAUGGCCACUGGUACGACGGACGGUGGCUGCACUGGCAAGAUUCGCCCUGGCGGGUCCACAACUUUCACGUCCCCGUCAACAAUCAGAAAGUCACGAAACCAAAGGUCCGGGCGGGGGGCCAGGCCGCGCUGGCGGAUGUUUUGGAAGAGGAGGAGGAGACGGUGCAGCGGUUCCUGGUGUGGGGCAUGACGGGACGCAUGCUCGUCGACGCGGCGAGGAUAGCAUAUGGCGAGGAGCCGGAGUUCGAGCAUAAUGACCACUAUGGCGAUGAAAGUCUCAUACUGAAGCUGGAGGAGGGAGGGCGGUUACCGGAGAAGCAGAAGAAAGAGGUCGGUCUAGACGCCACGAAAGAGGAGGUUAAAGAUGCCAAGAUGUAG